AUGCCACCCACCGAGCUACCCGAGUCCGGUAACCCGUUUGCCACAACGGACGUUGAUAUCAAGUCCCUGCCUGUCACCAAAGGGCACGUGCCCAAGACGGCAGAGAAUUUCAGGCAGUAUUGUACUGGCGAGUCCAAGAACAUACAAGGGAAGCCCCAAGGCUACAAAGGCUCCAAGUUCCAUCGCGUGAUCCAAGGUUUCAUGUGCCAGGGAGGUGACUUUCUCAAGGGUGACGGUACCGGCUCAACCUGCAUCUACGGCACCAGGGCCUUCGAAGACGAAAACUUCAACCUCAAGCACACCGAACCGGGUCUCCUAUCUAUGGCGAAUGCCGGCCCCAACACAAACGGUAGCCAGUUCUUCAUCACCACAGUCCCCACACCCUUCCUCGACAACAAGCAUGUUGUUUUCGGCAAGGUGGUCAGCGGCCUAGAUGUUGUCAAGAAGAUCGAAAUGACCAAGACAGGACGCAGGGGGAGGGACGUUCCCGAUAUGGAUGUCGUGAUUGCCGAGUGUGGUGAGAUGUAA